GCGGCUCCGCGCCUCGGACGGGCCCCGCUGUCCCCGCCCGGCCGGGCGGAGCUGGGGCCGCGCAGGGAGCGGGCGCCGAGAGUGCCGCCAUGGCGCAGCGGCGAGCGGGGGCCGUGGCCGCCAUCCGGCUGUGCAACCCGCCCGUCAACGCGCUCAGUUUGCCGGUUCUCCGGGCAUUAGAGGAUGGACUGAAGAAAGCGGAUGCAGAUCCUUCCGUGAAAGCCAUUAUGAUUUGUGGUGACAAUGGGAAAUUCAGUGCAGGAGCUGACAUUCGAGGAUUUUCUUCUUCAAAGAGAGAUGGUGGUGCCUUGGGCCCUAUCGUCUCUCUCAUAGAAAGGAGCAAGAAGCCUGUGGUGGCUGCCAUUGAAGGCGUUGCCUUUGGCGGAGGCCUUGAGGUGGCCCUUGGCUGUCACUAUCGGAUUGCACACGUGAAGGCGCAGAUGGGUUUACCAGAGGUCACCAUUGGGUUACUUCCAGGUGCAGAAGGCACUCAGCGACUACCCCGACUGAUCGGGGUACCAGCCGCUCUGGAUAUAAUCACUACAGGAAGACAUGUUUCAGCAAAUGAAGCACUGAAGCUGGGCUUGGUUGAUGAAGUUGUGGAAGAAAACACAGUUGAAGCAGUAAUUCGCUUGGCAAAUAAAGUGAUCGGCCAGCCCUUGGGACCCCGCAGGCUCAGCCUGAAGCCAGUUCCAAAACUGCCCCACAUGGACUCAUUUCUCAAGGAGGCUUUUGUGAAGGUGAAGAAACAGACCCGUGGGUUCCUGGCUCCAGAGCUGUGCUUCCAGGCAGUCAGAGCUGCCACAGAGCUGCCCUUUGCAGAUGGAGUUCGGAAGGAGCGAGAGCUGUUUAACAUCCUGCUGACAUCAGGCCAGGCCCAAGCACUGCAGUACGCUUUCUUUGCGGAGAGAGCAGUGCAGAAGUGGACAACACCCAGAGGAGCUUCAUGGAAAAAUGCUUCCCCUCAGCCCAUCCACAAAGCAGCUGUGAUAGGGUUGGGAACAAUGGGCCGAGGCAUUGUGACUUCUCUGGUUAAGGCUAACAUACCUGUUGUAGCCCUGGAACAGAAUGUGGAGCAUUUGAACACAGGAAGAAAAGCUGUCAUGCUCCUGUUGGAACGUGAGGCUACGAAAAUGGAGCAGGGUGCCCAACCCCUGGAUUUCCAUAAUCCUGCACGUCUCCAGUUCACUGUGGACUUGGACAUGUUGCGGGAUACAGAUCUAGUUAUUGAGGCUGUGUUUGAGAACAUGGCACUGAAGAAGGAAUUAUUCCACAAGCUAUCAAGAAUCUGCAAGCCAGAGGCCUUUCUGUGUACAAACACAUCAGCCCUGAACAUCGAUGAAAUCGCUUCUGCCACCAGCCGCCCACAGCAGGUCAUCGGCACACACUUCUUCUCCCCUGCACACGUGAUGAGGCUGUUAGAAAUCAUCUAUGGGCGUCACACAUCCCCCACCACCAUUGCCACUGCCAUGCAGCUAGCCAAAGCACUGAAGAAAGUUGGAGUGGUGGUAGGGAAUUGUUUUGGGUUUGUUGGGAAUCGAAUGAUGUUUCCAUAUGUACAACAGGCAGUUUUCCUUUUGGAGGAAGGAAGCAGACCAGAAGUCGUAGAUCAGGUUCUUGAAGAUUUUGGGUUUAAGAUAGGACCUUUCCGAAUGUCAGAUCUCGCUGGUCUGGAUGUGGGCUGGAGGUCUCGAAAGGGUCAGGGUCUCACUGGAGCCUCACUGCCUCCUGGAACGCCUGCGCGCCAGCGGCACGGCCAUCGCUACAGCCCCCUGCCUGAUCUUCUGUGUGAGAAUGGCAGGUUUGGCCAGAAAAAUGGAAAAGGCUGGUAUCAAUACGAGAAGGCUGGAGGCAGGACAGCCAAGCCAGAUCCGUGGAUUCACAACUUCCUGGCCCAGUACAGAGAUGCCCAUCACAUCAAAACCCGCUUGAUAGACCAGGAGGAAAUCCUAGAGCGGUGUUUGUUUCCCCUCAUCAAUGAAGGGUUUGCCAUCUUAGCUGAGGGAAUAGCAUCAGGCCCAGAACACCUGGAUGUAAUUUAUAUCAAUGGCUAUGGGUGGCCAAAGCACAAGGGUGGCCCCAUGUUCUAUGCUUCCACCAUUGGGCUCCCUUGCAUUCUGGCUAAGCUGCAGGAAUACUCCAAAGCCCACCCUGAUGUUCCUGGGCUACGACCCAAUGCCUUUCUGAAAAAGCUGGUAGCUGUGGGGAACCCUCCCAUCAAAGAGUGGAUGUCCUGCCUCAGCCAGCAAAACAACAAGCUGUGAUUUCACUGAUGCCUGCUAUCUAAGCUCAGUGGAGGCUGAUCUCAUGAAACAGGUGCUGUAAUUGCACUUCUUCCAAUCAAAACUAAAGUCCUUCCUGGGCCUUUGCAGAGAAUAACUUUGCCCGAUGAUUGAUCUGGGUCUCGCUGCUGGAAAGCUCUGCCAUCACCCACCCUUCCUGCCACCAGCCUUCCCCACCUCCUUUCCAUGUUGCUGUGUAAAGAAACCUCUCGUUUUGCCCUGCCUUCAGGUCUUCAGAGCUGUACAUCUCUUCCAGUGUGUCUUUGGGGAAGGGAGGGAGCAUCCACAGCCCACAACGCCAACCAGGAGGCAAGAGAGAGUUGGUCACAGUUCGCUCAAGACUGGAUCUACCAGAUCCUGCCUUCAAUCAGUUUGUUCAGGCCUUUCCUGCGCAGCCCUUCUCUGCUGGAUUCCCUGACUCGCCCAAAGCUGGAGCCUGCUCCCUUCCCGCUGCCGGGGGAGCGAUGGCUUGAGGGGCACAGCACCUUUCAGAGGUGAAGUUAAAUGAAUUGGAGACGGCAGGUUUCAGGUUUGAGCAGAGAGCAGGGGCAGGGCUGGUCCCGUCCCUCCUUCCUGCUGCAAAGGAGAUUUUAGUAAAAGACAGGAUAGCUACAAACACUUUGACCUCACUAUCCUGCUCAGUGGUGUUGGCUCCUGACUGCCCUUCUGCAUCCAGGCUCUGUCCUCUGUUAUCAUUAUCCCCACCCAGCUUUGUCUGAACAGAAACAUCUUCGGACAUUUAAGUAUGAAUGCGCAUUGCCACUGCUCCCCUGCCUACCACUACCAGGUUUUGGAGCUCAGUGUGCUCUAAUUGAUCAGAUUGAAGCCUGGCCUGGCAUUUACUGGUUUUCACAUGGGCAGAGGGCACACUGAGAAGCACAUGGCUCAAGAACUGUGUAGGCAGGAAUAUUGGUGCAGGCACGCAUGGAGGAGGCAGACCUCUAGCACAGAGCAGAGAGAGAGUGGGCCAAACCUGCUCCAGGCUUGAUGCUUUGGAACAAAGUCUUCUAUUUCUUGUGUCUACGGAAUAUAUCUUCUAUUCUGAUGUGGGGAAUAGAUUGGUCUGGGUCUUCGCUCAAGAAGAUUAUCAUUAUAUGUCUAGCUUUUGCUUUUUAUUUUAAUAAAAGUGUUUGGAUGUCUAAUGAUAGAUUGCAUGAUAUAU